CUCGCGAUGAGCGACCGAAGAUCGGAGAUGAGCGACAACACCACCUACGAAGAGCUGGCCAAUAAUGAGGAGUUCGAGCCGGCGGCGGACGACGAGCAGGCAAUGGAAUACGGAAUCACACUCUCACGGAAAAGGGCAGCUGACGCAGGGGGAUUUUGUGUUGUGUUUGUAGAUCGGGAAGCUCGUCUUCAUCAAAUUUGGCAAGAGGAGGUACCACGGCGUCAUCUGCUGCCGCGAGAUGGUGGAGACUGAGCAACAUGACGACACCACAGGUGAGCAAAGCCAGAUCAUUCAGACAGGUGGGUUGUCUCACGUUGCCUCUCUGCUUCUCUGCUUCCAGGCGGUCCCUUGAAAGAAGCCGAGUACACCGUCAUCUACACAGACAAGACGACAGACGUCGUGACAGAGCAAAUGGUCCGUCGCCACAUCGUCGAGCCAUCCUCCCUGCUGCCCAAGACACUCGCCACCCUCCAGGGGUACCUCAAGCACGCAAGGGAGCUGCUGCAUCUCCCCCCGCUGCCCGAGCAGCCUGCCCCAUCCACUGCCGCAAGCGCUCGGGUCGAGCCACAGCCUGCCGCCGCCGCCGCUGCUGCUGCUGCUGCUGGUGCCGCUGGUGCUCGGGAGGGUGAGCAGAAAGGCCAAGAGACGAUGGACGAGGAGAUGGCGCAUGAGGAUGAGCCAGGAGCCCACGAGGAAGAAGAGGCGGGUGGUCAGGAGCAGCAGGAGGAGAUCCCUCCACCGCCUGCAGUCGAGGGCGACCAGGUGUCGCAGACGGGCAACAUGGAGCAGCAGUCGACCCCCUCAUUUUUCAGCCGUAUGAUGUCGCUCAUCCAGCAGCCCUUCUCUUCCCUCUUCGCCGCAGCACCGGCCAGCAGCGAUCGCAAGCGCAAGAGAGACGAGGAGGUGGAGGCUGGCGGGCGGGAUGAGCGGCGCGGCGGUCGACGGCGGCUGGAGUGAGUGAUGCAUGUGAUCGAUGCGUGUGUGUGGUGGUCGAUGACCACAUGGUGUCGCUCUACGUGGUGUGGUUGUUGCUAAGGGGCGGGUGGCUGGGGGAUAUGUGGAGUGGGAAGGAAGCAACGCCUUAAGAUUGCUAGGCCGUGGCCGUUUCAAGGCAUGGUACGGGCCUCUCAUUUUUUCAGCUCUCAUCAGGCAGGCUGCUUGGUCGCUGUGGUGUUGGGAUUAUUAAGUCGAAUUUUCUCGUCUUACUUUGCCCUUACAUGCGCCUGUGCCUUGGAGGGCCUGGUGGGGCUGAUGUGCUGAUGCGGUGUUGGUGUGUGUUUUUGUUGAUUUGUGUGCUGUGUGCUUGGACAGCUGACUCAAAGGCGAUGAAUCAGAUUGAUAA